AUGAACGCUUUGUCUAAGACGAAAAAUACCUUUCAGAUCGUCACUCUGUUCGCAAUUGUCGCCGCAGCUUCUGCCGCCCCAUCCGGCAUCGGUCUCGGUCACGGAGCCCUUUUGGCCGGACCGGUAAACCACGGAGCCGUUUUGGCCGGACCUAUCAAUCCCGGAGCUGUCCUCGCCGGACCCGUCAAUCACGGGGCCACCCUCGUAGGUCCCGUGCACCAAGGAGCCGCCCUCGCCGGACCAGUUCACCAAGGAGCCACACUCGUCGGUCCCGUUCACCAAGGAGCUGCGCUUGUCGGGCCAGUACAUCAUGGCGCCGCUCUCGCCGGCCCGGUACAUCAUGGUGCCGCUUUGGUCGCACCAGUUCAUCAUGGGGCUGCCUUGGUAGGACCCGUGCAUCAUGGAGCAGUUCUCGGCGGUGCCAUCCAUGGUGGAGUUUGGGGCCAUGGUGUUCAUGGUUGGUAAAUGAUUUAAUUAAUCAUUUCAAAAGUUCCGUAAGUUUUUUGGUAACAAGUUAGUUAAUAUAAAAUAUUCCACAUAUAUUGUGUGAAAUUUUUGUUUCUACUUUUUACAAUACAACUUACCUUAAGGAAAACCUACUAUACUUUCUGCCUCUGUCUUAGGAUUAUGAUUUGUAUAUUUUGUAUAUUUAUAAAAAUUAAUGACUGCAACCCUAAAGUGUUCAAUAAAUGAUUUAUUAAA